AUGGCACAUCAGCCCUCCCUUGGACCAGCGGCAGCGCUGAUCGCUCGUGUCGACUAUCUCGCUAGGCUUCUUCGGCACUUACCCCACUCUCUCCCUCUGAAUCCGAGUCCCUCCAAUUACAGUUUCUACAUAGAUCAUGAACUCGUCAAUGAUGCUGACUAUGGUCUCUGGUACGCAUUCAAUCGGAACCUCGAGACGCAGUUCCGUACCCACACACUCCCACCCGGUGGUUCUGUUACUUUCCUUGAACGCGGGAGCUGCUACGACUCACUUAUCAAGAUGUUCAAGAUUGUACUGCGCGAGCUCCCAUCGGAGAGGAAGUUCAUUCAAGAUGUGUGGCUGGAGCGGCUGAUCCGAGACGCAAAAGCUGCCGGGGCUACCAUUCCGAGCAAAAAGUGUGUUAUUUCGUUCUCUUGCCCUGUUUACAUCGCUAAUGCAACCAAAAGACGUCAGCGGGAAGCCGACACGGCGGAUCUGCAAUCAAGCUGCCCUGUCCCUGCUGCGAAGAUUUCCCGCACGAUCUCUACUAUAGCUUCCAGCUCAGACUCCAUGCCCGUGCAAUCUACAGUUCUGCUACCUCAGCGUGCCUGUUCUCCCCACGGAGCUCCAAGUGAUGCUUCGCCACCACCUCAAACAAGGUUCUCUUCAAAACAGUCAUCGCUCCUUGACUUUGGUGUGGGAAGAAAGCUGACGACGUCGGCUGAGAUAGCUGAGAAAAAGCGUCGAGAGGCAGAGCUUGAUGCCAGCAUGUCUCAAGCUGCAGUGCAAUUCAAGGCAGAGGUGACUGCGAUAUCUCUGAAGAAGCGACGUGUUCAGACAGCUGCUCGUGUUGCUGCGUUCCGCGAGCGGAAGAAGAUGAAGACUGGUUCCAAUGAGCUGGAAAUUGAGGAGUGCGAACAAGAUCUCGAAAACGCACCAUCCGCCACAUCACCAUCUCCUUUACUCGCAACUCAGAAGCAGCCUGUUGUUUCAAAUUCGGUUCAGGCUGUUUUAACAGAUGUGGCAGAGCUGUCUAGGCCGGGUUCAUCGUGGAAGUCCCAUCGCACUGGUGUCCGGAAGGGCACUGUUCAAGCACGUCACACGCGAACCAAUUGGUAUCAUCCCUUUCUCUGGGCUGACAUUGAUCGGGUUGCACAUGAAGUCGACUUUUCUGCCACUCGAAUUGCACGCUCUCUCCAGAAAUCGAAGCCACAGAUCUUUGGGAGGCUACGAAAAAGUACUGUGCAGAAGUGGCUCUCUGACGACAGAAAGUCAUGGUCACCCGCAACGUUGGAGAAUGUUGCACGUCGUCAUGCUCUCGCAGGAACCGGACGUGUUGGAAUCCUGACGUCUUAUCCAGACAUCGUCAAAAAAGCCACUCAGGCACUUGAGGAGACACGCGAGACAGGCAUUCAGGUCAACCGUAUGAUUGCCCGCUCGCUCCUCAUUGCUGAGAUACAAAUCUUGGCACCCGAUCUGCUGCAGUCCUUCAAGGUCUCGGAGUCAUACAUAUCUGCAUUCUUGUCUAGCCAGCUGAACUGGUCGAAACGGAAGAUAACUCAAGCGGCUGCCAAAGUUCCCUCUGAUGCACCUGAUCUAUGUGGCCAGACACUGUAUCGCAUCGUUCACGCUAUGUUCUGGGAGCAAAUUCCCGUCGAGCUUGUCAUUGGGAUGGAUCAGAUCGGUGUUCUUACUAUGCCCACUUCUGACACAACCUACGCUGAGAAGGGAUCACGUCAAGUUAUUGGGACCGCGAAGAAUGAGAAGCGUGCCUACACCUUGCUCGUAGCGAGCACUCCGACAGGUCAUCUGCUACCGUUCCAGCAGGUGUGGGCUGGGAAAGGCAGGAGGUCACUGCCGGUAGAGACACCGGAGAAUGCAACUGAUUUCCAGAAGGCACGCGAAUACGGAUUUCACAUUACAGUGGCUGCAAGCGAGAAGAACCCUACAAGUCACUAUAGCACCUUGAAAACUAUGAAAGAGUGGGUCAAGGAGAUUCUUGCACCCUACAUCCAGAAUGUUAUCGAAGUACAGCAACUUCCGGCUCAUCAAAAAGCUAUCUUAUUCAUCGACUGUUAUCCUGUCCAUACAUCCGAAGAGUUUCGACAGUUCUUAGCAACAGAAUUCCCAAACAUUGUUCUCAUUUAUGUUCCUGCGAACUGUACCGGUGUCAUGCAGCCCGCUGACUUAGGUCAAAAUCGUCCAAUCAAGCAUUUCCUCCGCCAGGAUUACCUGUCGUACAUGGUUCGCGAGCAUCGUGCUCAGAUCAAAGAAGGACGGAAGGCCGGCGAUGUCAAGUUCAUGACCUCAAUGCCUGCACUUCGUACCAUCGCUGUUGGGGCUACCGUUCGGGCUUAUGAGUUCAUGCAAGGCCCCUCCGGGCGCGAUAUCAUUCGACGGUCUUGGGAGAAAGCCGAAGCAUAUGGGCUCAAUCUGGGCGCAGAAACCUUGAAGAGCCGAAAGGCUAUCGACCAAUGUCGGGAGUUCCUGCGCGCACACCCAGAACUAAGGCAGGAGAUCGAGGAGAAGACAGGAAAUAUCUUCGCGACAGAAGAGGGCAUCAUUGAAGAUGAGCACGACAUCCCUGACCAAGAUGAUACAGACGUACCGCUUUCCGCCAUUGUUCGACAAGAGCUGGGGAUCGAAAUAGCAAACCCAUCCAUUCCGGAUGUGUUUUGCGUGCAGGAUUCAGAGCACUCAGUGACUGUGGAUGAACACGGGCUGUUGCAUGCAAAGGGUCAGGAGGAGGACAUUUGGUCGUACCGUGAUGAUGGGAAGACAUGGGAGGAAGCAAUGGAGAUGGCAGAAGACUCCGAUGAGGCGAACGGGAAUGAAGUUGAGGUUGAAGCUGAUGUAUAG